GAGUGUGCGCUUGCAGGAUUUUAUUGCUGCUCUUUACCAGUGUCUGGGCAUGCCUGCUGGAGCAGAGUUUUCCACUGAAGACGUGAGUCUCCUCUUCUGCAAAGUGUUUCAUGUGUCCUCCAACAGAGGCGAAGCUGAAGCAGCCAUGAAAAAGGUUGCAGGAGGUGAUGAAGCCUGGUCCUGUGUUGGUGCAAAUGUUUUGGAUGUGCUCUUGGAAAUGGAAAGGGCGAAGGAAAGGAAGGAAAUGCUUUACUGGGACUGCCAGCUUCUAAAUAGUGGGAAUCUUCAUCACAUGUUGCAAAAUGUGUUCCAAAGAAAAGACUCUGAGUUUUUUAGAAACGCUUACAACUCUGAGUCAGGACUCUUGCUGCCUCAAACAGCUGAAACAGACAUUUUCCUGGCAGAGAAAGUGCUGGGAAAAAAGCAGCUCUGUGACACAAUGACAAACAUGAAGAGGCUCCAUAAAGCAGCCAAGCAGUGCUGGGCAAGACUGGCAUCAGAGGGUGUUCAUAGCAUUUUGCCCUCCGCCUGGUGUAAUCGAAGGUUGGGCCUCAGGGGUCAGACAUGGGGCUCCAUCUCCUUGUCAGAUGUCCUCUUUCUAGUGGAAGGGAAAUAUGAUGUGGUGACUCACUUGCUUUAUACAGAAAUGCUUCAGGAGCACCACACCCCGAGCGUUUGGGAGGCGCUGCUUCCCUGGCAACAGUUAAAGGAAGUGGAGGCACUGGAAACUAUGGCAGAGGAAGCUUUGCAUUCUGCUGACUUACUGGGCUUGGCUUUCCUGCCUGGAGCAUUCAGAAUAUACAAAACAAGCUGUUCACAGUUGAGGGAACAGUCCUGGUCUGCUGUUGCUUUCCUGAAUGAGUUACACACUUUUUGUCAACAAGAACAAAAUGAGUUGAUGUUCCUGGGUCCAAGACUGUGCAAUGACAGUUUGAGAUUGGUGUAUCUCCACGUCAUUCUGGCCAUUUAUAGAGCUCAGAGGGAGAAAACGUCCUACAGCGCUCUGCUAGCAUCUCGUCUAUCCUGGGAGUUAUGGCCGCAGGUUUUCAGUCCAUGCAGAGAGGAACAGGUCACUCUGUGGCUACAAAAUGAAGACAAAGGAGAGGAAGGAAAGGAGCACUUUGAGACUCUUCAGCAGAAGACAGAACUGCAGCUACUCAUGCUGACUCAAGAAAUGGAGAGGAAGCACCUGCUCAAGUUGGUGCACGGGAUCUCCCCGGAAGAUUUACAAGAGUCAGGUUGCACGAUGCCUCCAAAUGACAAUGAUCGCUUUGAUGCAGAGCAAACCUCCCUGAGGGCUGGCUGUAUAAAAAGGCUAAAACAAAUCCAUGCUCAGCUCCAGAGACAAAAUGGAAGUGAGAACAGCUCAAAGCAAACCAGCAUUCAGAUCAAUAUACAGGAACAGUGGUCACAAACUCUGCUGGCAGACUGCACCCUGGUACUUCUGACGCAUCUCAAGGAACUUCAGGAGGUCCAAGCUUUAGCAUUACUGCAAGUUCUUCUGCACCGGGAUUCACAGGCUGCCAAAGCUCUGAGAGACAAAUAUGAAGUUGAAAUAAAAAUGCAAUGCUUCACCAAUCUGCUCCAUCUACUAAUCUCAGAUGACCCUCUCAGCCUUGGCUCCAUGUUGGCUGAAAACAUCAACAAUGAUCAGAUCGGACCUGAAUCUUCUUCCACAGCAGAAGUUGAAAACAUCUGUGCAGGAUCAGUUCCUGCUACAGUCGCUGACUUAAUCAAUAGAGCCAACAGGGAAUGUGUUGAAGUCCGACCUGCUGAUGCUUCUGCUAAACAGGAAGUUUGCUCAGGUUGUGGGGCAGUUACGGAGGAGCUACCCUACUUGGAGAUCCUGUGUGUGCCGGAUGCACAGUCCAAUGUUCUCGCUCCAGAGGCUGGAGACUGUAAGGAAGAAGACAGCAGUGAAACAAAAAGCCUCGAUAGCUUUGAGAAACAGGGAUCCUUGAUCCCCCUUGCUUGGAGCAAACCCCCCGAGGAUGAUGCAGACUAUAAGGCAGAGGAUGAAGAUGGGGAAGCAGAACAGUAUCAGGAUAUCCUGAGCAGCAUAGGAAUCCAUCUCAAGUCCUCACAAUGUGAAAAGACUAUUCAGGAGAGAGACAGCGAAGAGUUGUCCCUGAACCGGAAUCAAAUAAGAGACCAACCAAAUGAAGGAGAAGCUGCUCCUGAAAAUGAUCCACACUCACUUCCAGAAAACCUGCUGGAUGUAUGGCCACAUGUUUCAAGGGAUUCCUUUGAGUAUAGUGCCGAUGGAGCAUCCAAUCACACAGCCAGCACCAGCAGAGAGACGACCGAGUCUGAACUCUGGGACCUCAGAGGGUCAGAACUCUCCAACCAUGAGGAUCUGAUUCCUUCUCAAGAAUCAACACAGAUAGAGUCCAGUCUCUCUGGGAGAACCACAUUGUUGGAAACUACUCAAUUGGAGAGGGAAGAAGUAAUGAGAGUUCAAGCAGUGGAACGAGAGAGAACGAUGCGCAACCUGGUAGACAUGCAAAGAAAGUUUGAACAGAGGCAUCAAAGAGAUAAAAAGAGACAAAUGUUUAGGGUUCAGGAGCGCCUUUCAAUCAUCCAGAACAGAAAGGCAGAAGAGGACCUGCUUGGUCUUAAACAUACAGACAGGCUGAAGCAUCUCACACAAGAUUUACCACCGGAGGACAAGACCCAGCAGAAGACUGUUGUUAGAGAGCGACUGGAGCAGCUCAGAAGAGAGCGCUCCUAUAUCAUGCAGUCGAAAAGAGACAGGAAUACGGCAGGAUUUAAGGAACUUCUAGUUCCCAUUGCUCUGCGCGAGACAGAAGAUGGAGCAACCUGAGAUGCGACUGGUUUAAGAUGUCUGCUCCCAGUGUCCCAACUGUUAAUGCAAGACAUGAACAUAUUUCCAGUGCUGUAAAUAAGCAGUUGCCACUCACAAAAUUUAUAAUAUUGUUAGAACAGUUGCAUGUUUCAGAUUAUCAAAGUUUAAUAUCAGACCAAGAUAACCUGAGUAAAAUGCAAAAUAGUUUUCAAUUCAUUUAUUUUAGGGAAAAAAGGGACCAUAACCAACCGGGGCACUAUGUGAAAAAGUCCCCCUAAAAAAAACCCUGGACUGCUUUUCCAACCUUGAAAGCAACAACUCCUAUGAAAUGUUACUAACUGGCAAUUUAUCUGUUUCAUCCCUGUAAAGACAUUUGAGUCCUCCCUUCUCUGCAGAAUUAUUUUAAGUAAGCCACAUUGGACAUUUUUUGAGUAAUGCUUCCAGUAGUUCACUUCCAUGAUUGGCCUUUUUUUUAGUAAGGACUUACUGGUGUACUUUGGAUAAUUAUCCUGCUGCAUAACCUGAGGUUGAGCUUGAGGUCACAAAGGGUAGCCCAGACAUUCUUCUGGAUUGUCUGAUAGAGAGCAGAAAUGUUCUACUGUUACGUGAAAUCCUCCAGGUCCGGGCAGCGCUCAAUGGCUCAGUGGAGGAGCAGGCUUACCGUGUGCGGGGGCUGCAGUCCUCUGUGCAGCUGUCCCCAGUUCAAUUCCAUGCCCUGGGCAAUUAGCUGCAUGUAUUCCCCUUCUCACUAUACUAUUUUUUUCCAAAAUCCUGUCCUAGUUCCUUACCAGACACAACAGGAGAGCCACAUUCCAAAAAUAUCCACUUUUGUCUCGUUAGACCACCAAAUAUUUUUUCCAAGUCUUAGGGAUCAUUAAGAUGUUUUUUGGUAAACAUGAGACGGGACUUUAUGGUUUUUUUGGCCAGCAGUGUUUUUUACCAUUUAAUGUUGUCCUCAAUAAAUAAAAUUAUUUGAGGUUUUGUAUUUAUUCAGAGUAACUGAUAAAUGAUCUGAAACAUUUAAGCCUAACCAAAAAAAAAAAAAAAAAGCAGGAAAAAAAAAACAGCAAAGCAUUAACAAGUUUUCAAAUAACAUUACAUUUUGGUGUAAUUCUAUUGAUUUAAUGCUAGUUUUGUUCCUUUUUCUUUGUGGCACUAAUUUAGCCGAUAGGUUAUGACUGAAUAGACUGAGAUUCACAUAUGCUGGUGUUUAAUAUACAGUUUAAUUAUCUUGACAACCAUAAGCAUCAACAAUAAUGAAAUUUCACUAGAACCCCCCUCAACAGUGCACAUUAUCCAGAGAAGCCAAAGUUACAUACACAAUGAGUCACAGAGGUGCAUGUAAACAUCCAAGAGUGGCUCGAGUUAAAUUUCUUCAUGGGAACAUUUACAUUUGUAUGUUGACCAUUGCUCGAUUGGGUCAAAGUGUUGUAGCUGCAAACUGAUGCCGCUGUAAAUGUUAAAUGCACCCAUUGACUGGUUUUUAAUUUACAGAUAUGAGGAUGGAAAUAUUGUAACAUGUGAAGGGAAGUAGGUUUGGCUAAUAACCAUACGACAGGAAGAAGUCUAUAUAGAAGGAUUGAGUGUGUGCCAAGCAGGUUUCCUACAAUACAAUUCAAGUAAGAAGUGAAAUAAGUACAUCUGAAAUUCUCUGCAAACAUUUAGGUUGUUCAUCCUUAUCUCACUUUAUUUGGUAUCCAAUUUCACCGCAGUUUACCACAAAGCAGCAACACCAACCAGACUAAUAAGCUAGAACAUUCUGCAAAAGCUCAAAAACACUGAGCCACCGCAUGUAAAACAUAAAGUGUGUCGUUAACUCCAAUAAAACCCAUAACUGCAAGGCUUGUGAUUUCAAACACACAAAACAUUCAUGCCACGAUAAGGACGUUUAUAUUCCAGGCUAAGGAAAAAAAAAACAUCAGGUGUUCAGGGCUUUCGAAUCGUUUGUAAUAGCUAGAAACUCAAAAAAAAAAAAAAAAAAAGAACGACAAGUAAAUUACAUUAUUACUUUA